AAAAUGCCCGAAAAUAUUAUCAAAGAGUUUAACGCCGAGAAUGACAUUAAAGUCGCGGACAGGGAUGACAGCGCUCUACCUUCACCUCAAACCCCUGCCAUAGACCUGACCGCACAUACAGUGCGCUAUUGUUUUGAUAACAUUAUUACAAACGCCGGCUAUUAUGUGAAACAAACGCUAGGGCUGUCCACCCGUACCGGCACUGGUGUUAGUGAUAGUCUGGGCGGUGAGGGGGUGGAGGGAUCUGUUAGAGCAGAACCAGAGCAUCCAAUUGAGUCCAGUAUAGCGCCAGCACCCCCUGCGGUCAUACCUAUACAUACAGAUACACAUAUUCCUGAGCCAUUAGCGCCGGGCUCUCACCGCUCGGCGCCCAUCAACUAUCUGGACGUUGAACUCAAUCCAUACGAUUUUGCCACAACCGACAGCUCCCCAAACAUGCCAUACAUUACAUUUACGGCAUGUGUUGGCACCAUAUGUGUGACGUGCGUACGAUUUGCUGCCGGUGACUACCGGGCGGUCAAACGGUUGAUAGAGAUAUCGAGAGACAGUACGGGUGCCCGCAAUCCGGACACUAUGGUUGCACUUAUGGACAAAAGUGGUUUCAGUGGCUGGCAGUACAAGAAGUGUGUCAAUUACUUUUACAACGCUUUGUAUUUUUAUGAAAAGUGUUUGGCCAACUGUCCGAACCGGGAGACGGCGGUCACCGUUUACCCCCUGUUCACCGCAAUGCAUGCAUUUGUACCCUAUUAUCUCAUGACUGCCAAAGACUUUGCUAAACUCAAUGAACUAAAGCGUAUGUUUGACAAGAAAUGCGGCCAAUGUGUCACUACAAUCACCACCCCUACCGUCGCCCCUCUACCUACUUGUACAGCAGCCACUGAUGCCGAUACCAUAGCCCCUGUAGACCCCACACCUACCGGUUGUAGUGAACACAACCCGAUUGACUACUUGUGUCUACCGGUGACAGGCAGAAACUUUGUGACAAAUACUAGUUCCCCGCACUUGCCGUACAAGACCUCUAUUGUUAAAGUGAAAGGUGUGUGGUUUAGGACCGGGCACUUUGGGGCCGCCAACCACUUGGCUCUCAACCGACUGUUACGAUUGGUGGACAAACACCGGUCCACCGAUGGUAGGCCUAUGACCGAAACCGAGUGGGAACGGGUGGCUAUUGCUAUGCUUCGAGUCGGCGAUCACAAUAAACCCGAUGUAGUGUUUGACCCGAAACUGUGCCAAAACUAUGUGCAAAACGCACUCGACUUAUAUAAAAAGACAUUGGAGGUGUGCCCAAACAUGGAUAGGGCCGGCAUAGCGUUUCCCAUGUUUUAUACUUUACACGAGUUUAACCCGGAGUCAGUUGUAUCGGACGCCGAGUGCCGUGAAAUCAAACGUUUGCGUAAAUUAUUUGCGAAUAUGUGUAGGAUUUGUGGCACUUAUAUCGAGGACCAGCGGCCGGAGUCUUGUAAUACGGCACCGGUCAACACAUUUACCAGUAAUAUCCCUAACACAGCACUGGUAUGCAGUAAACUGAGUGGUGACCCGACAAUUGUAGCGCCGUUUGCAUUACCAGCGGCCAAAGCCAGUGCACCACCCAUUCAGACAAAUGUCUCGGACAUCGCGCCCGUAGGCCAUAAACUAGUUGCAACACUAGUGUCCACGGCGUCUGCACUGCCGGUCCCGUCAGUCACUGGCCCGCCCUAUAGACCGCCUAUGGAUUCCCAGCUCAGGCCUAUCACUGUGUCGACUAAGGUGAUUGUGACGUCCCCUGUCUACCCACCCAACCUCACUCUGGCGGGUAGAAACGACGUACACGAACUUUAUGUAAUGUGUGCCAAAAUCACCCACAGCGAUUUACUCGUUUUUACCCAUCUGUGCCGUUGUGUUGACGAAGCGAUUCAAAUGGUGAGUCCCUUUGAAGAGAACCAGGAGUUGUUUUGGUCGCACGUAUCGCAGCUUAUGCUGGACUCGGGCCACACAUUGACCCCGAAUAAGUCAUGCCAGUUUUUGUUUACCGUUCACGUGACCAAGUUUUAUAAGAUUUGCGGGCACUUCGGGUUUACGAUAAACACCGGUCCCGUUACCGGUAGUGCCAAAUAG